AUGGCAUCGUCAUCGAAUUCGAAUACACGGCCUAUUGUCGAUUUGAACAAGAUUUUAAAGUCAAAUGAUUCAACUGAAAUCCAACGAAUGCAGCAACAAUUCGAAUCCAAUGGUUGGUGUUUUGUGACUUUACCAACAGAACUUAUUCCAACAUCAGCUUUGACUCAUGAACUUCAGCAAUUUUUUCAAGGUUGUGAAUAUAAGAAGAGAUACUCUCAACGCACACCAAUCUAUGGCUAUUCACAAGUCAAUCACAAAGAAGGACUAAAACUGUUAACUGGCAGAUACUAUGAAAACUUUGUAAAUAAGGGUUUAGUACCAAAGAAUCUUAUGCAUCCAUUGAACUAUUUUUCUCAAGCAUUUGAUGCAGUGACAAAGCGUCUCGUCGAAGUUCUUGAUGAACAUUUUGUUUUCCAGUCAAAACCAUCAUUAGCAUCACUUUUUAAAAAGGCAGACUUACCAUUGAAAGAUGAACAUUUCGGAAUGCUCGAUAUUGUUUCUUAUUUCAACAAUAAGAAUGGUUUUGAACCACCAGAAAAUGGACAAUCAACUGAUGAAGUCAACUGUGUUCCCCAUUAUGAUCCUGGCUUAUUUUCAAUCAGUGUGUUAUCAACACAUGAAGGACUACAAUUGAAAGAUAUGACAACAAAUCAGUGGAUAGAUCCCAUGUAG